AUGCUUGAUCCUAGGUUUAAGUCGUACAUUGUGUCUUUCUUUCCAACUGACGGAGAUCUUAAUAGAAGCAAAGAGCUCCUGUGUGUACUCAGAAAGAGUUUUCAGUACAGCCGGGAACCUUGUCAGCGAUCAGCGCAGGAGGUUACUUCCUCAAAAUGUGGAAAAUUCUAUGAGGAAGACCUUUACCAGCAAUUACAUCAAAGUACGGAGACUGCUGUAAUGAUGGAUUCCAGCGGGGAUGAGUUAAUAUUGAGUGAAGAUGAUGUAAACAUUGAUGAGGGCGAGGAUGUGCUCUGCUUCCCUGCUGCUGGCUCCACCCACUACACUCACAGGGCUGCGUGUAACACACAGCCCAUCUUACCUCUUCCUGCUCCUCCUCAUUUUCCUGCACAGAGCUGCCUCCCUCCACCACACUGUCCCGGCCCCGGCUCCUGCUCUUCACAGGAAGGAGCAGCCAUAGCCAGACUCCCCACCACUAAUGACACUGGAGGUCUAACCAGGAACACCUGUAUAAAAUCUAUGCGAAUGGACCUCUUUGUUCAUUAUUCACUUAUACCUGCGGCUCUUAUUACAAUUCUAUUAUCCUUUCUCCAACGGCAAGCAAGGCAUCCAAAAUCUGUGGACAAAUUACCACUGGCCCAGAGAUUUGGAAUAGUUGUGCCAGUGAACUUCAUAAGCAGUUACUCCAACAGAUGGUCUUAUGGGGCUGCAUGUGGAGCCACAGCUACUACAGUAUUUCUGUUGUUCUUGAAUGAGUAUCCAAAUUACUUCAACUUCAAAGCUCCAGCCUGGGCCACAGUUCUAGUUUAUCUUCUGUCUGCUUUGGAGGUUGGGCUGGAUUAUUAUCCUUUCUUUGCCUGCUUAUCAACAGACAACAGGCUCAUAGGUUCAUCUCUUGGAUUCUGCUACUCCCUGUGCUGGUUUUGUGUGCAGCUGGCAGAUGUCUUUGAAUGUCAGACAAUAACUCAUGCUUCAGUCAUCCUCGUCCUUACACCUGUCCCAUCUCUAGCAUGCUGUCUGUUUCUGAUGGGAAGAUUUCUACAAAUGUUGGUGACAACAUCCCUCUCUCUUUACAGACAAGUGGAAAUAAAGGAUGAAGAGGAACCUCUGUUACCUAAACACUUAACAAACUAUGUCAGACAGAUCCUGAAAUCGCCACCCAAACAGGGUGAGCAGAUUCCUUCAAGCAAAUGGAAGAUUUAUACAUGGGACCGUUAUUUUAAAUUCCCCACCAGGAUCAUAGUGACCGCAGUGCUUUGUCUUAUCUGUUUGUACAAUUUUGUCCUAGUAGAUUUUUCUCUCUCACCAAUAGCUGUGCAAGGCCUGGACACAUGGAUACUCGAAACAGUUAACAUUUCUUUUUCCGACCAGACGAAACAGGUCUUACUGAUACUGAAAGAAUGCUGGUUUUAUUCUACCUUUGCAGCCGCCAUCACAAGUGUCGUCUAUGUCUUGCACAUGCUCUCCUGUUACAGAAAAGAAAUGAAUAAACUUUAUAAAGGUGUAUCAGAGAUUCCAGUAAAGGGUCGUUCACCUGUUAUCCUGGCAGCCAGCAUCAGAUAUACAGGAAAUCAGAUUGCCUACUUACUGUGGGGAUACUUUCUACUGCACCUCAUGUUCUUCUUGAUAAGCCUUAUUAUAUCAUUCUGGUUUGUCCUCCCGAUACAGCAGGGAAAUGGAAUGAUGAUUCUAGAGGGGCUCGGAUACACACUGCUGGGAAUAGUCCUCAUGAUAGCUGUCACUGUUUCCCAGAUCAUGGCUGCUCAAUUUCUUUUUCUACAAGAUAAAAUCUCACCCACUGAUAAGAACAAACCAUUGGCCAUCAACAACAGGAGAGGAUUUCAGAACUUCAGCUAUUUCUUCAUGUUCUAUUCAGCUGUCGUUGGAUUGGGAGCAUGUUUGAUCAGAGUCAUAUUGAAUACAUUGCUGGGGAGCUGGUUACUAGCAAGAAUUGACCGUCCACUCUUCCCAAGAGGAUAUGAAGGUGCUGAUAUGGGAUAUAAUACAUGGAUUGGCAUGCUCCAGGUGGACCUCUAUCAUACUCAUCCCGUAGCUCUGUCCUUCUGCCAUCUUCUUACACAAGACACCCUGUCAGGAAGACAUUACAGCCCCCCAGAUGUGCUCCAAGACUACAGGAAAAAAAAAACAAUCACGAAAUGGCACUUGGCUUAUACUCUCAUUAAUAAUCCGGCACUGAUACUGAACAGGAAACAAAAUACCUGUAAUGCUGCUUCUUAUAUCCAAAGUCAGUAUGUUUUGCAACGGUUACUGACCUCCGUUUUGCAGUCCCGUGGCGGGAAAUGGGUGCUCAAAGAAAAAGACAUGGAAACAUCAACAGACACUGAUGUCCAAAUUUAAUUUGUUCAAAUGCACUAAUGUCCAUUUGAAAGAGACGGUGUAAAGAAAAACCUUUGCAAGUGAUAAAAGCAUCCACGAGUAUAUUGUACAUAAAAAGGAAUAUGUACUGGUGGCUGAUGGUUAAACACAACUUGAAAACGCUUUAUGGCAAUGCAUACAAACUUUAACGUUUAGUGAUAAUCUGUUGUGUCACAAAACAUCCCCAGAAUGUAUCAGUGUUCUGAAUACUAUUCUCUACAUGUUUCAUGCAAAAAUGUCAGCCUUUUGUAUUGGCUAAUGAUUGCUAUGGCUUCCUCAUACUCGGUAUAUAAACAAGAAAAAUCCAUCCGCACUCCUUAUCACACUGGAACUGUCCACAUUCAUUCUCACACUGGAACUGUCUGCACUUAGUAUCACACUGGAACUAUCAGCACUCAUUCUCACACUGGAACUGUCCACACUCAUCAAACUGGAACCAUCUGCACUCAUCAAACUGGAACCAUCUGCACUCAUUAUCCCACUGGAACUAUCAGCACUCAUUCUCACACUGGAACUGUCCGCACUCAUUAUCACACUGGAACUAUCAGCACUCAUACUCACACUGGAACUGUCCGCACUCAUCAAACUGGAACCAUAUGCACUCAUUAUCACACUGGAACUAUCGUCACUCAUUCUCACACUAGAACCAUCCGCACUCAUUCUCACACUGGAACCAUCUGCACACAUUCAGGUCCAAAUAUUGAUCCAAAAUGUUGUGACAUCUUUAGGCAAAGGCAGAGGUUCCCAAACUGUGUGCCGUGGCUCCCUGGGGUGCCUCGGGACACUUGCAGGGGUGCCCUGGGUUGGUGGUCCUGGACCAAUUCAAAUUAUUCAUGGUCAAUGUAAUAGGCAAAACCAGUGCUGGUGGCUGCCUGUCAUAAAAUACAUGGCCAAACAGAAGCAAAUCUUGUCCCUCACCACACAACUGACCCUAAGGAUGACAUAUAAACGCGAUCUACUUAAUGUAAUAUUUCUUUCUAAAUUUCUCAAUAAGACAUUUUUGGCCUAGGGGUGAAAAAAAUUCUGAUAUUCUAGGGUGCCGUGAUUCAAAAAAGUUUGGAAACCACUGGGCAAAGGUAUUCCUUUUGUGUGCUAACUGAUGGCACUGUCUCUUUUUCCUCAUUACACACUCUUUAUAUAGUCGUGAUGGUACUCUGAUGGAUGUAAAUACAAUCCACUGCCAGUCUUGGAUGAUAAUAAAUGGUAUUCAACCUAAAUUGUUACUGUGGUGCUGUGUUCUAAUAACUCUAAUAGGGUUGAAGACAAAAUGCUUCUGGUAACUUUAAUACCAAGACAUCACUGAUAGUUAAUAGGUAAACUAACAAUAGUUAUCUCGUUUUUAAUAUGAUUAUUAUUUUAUUUUAUCAUUUUCUAUAUAAGGAUUGUGACUCAUAUGAUGAGUAACUUGUUUUCCACAGUAUGCUGAUUUUUGUUUUAUUCUGUGUUUCACUGGAACAAGACCUUUUCAAGAACGACCUGAAAAUGUCAGAUCACUGAGAGUUGUACAGCGUGGCUUACAGCCUUAACAUGCAUGUACUCUUUUCAACAAAGUAAACAUUGUAAUCACA